AUGAGAAAUUCAGACCAGGUGGAAAUUCCUAUGAAAGCGAAUGAUUCAAUAUCCUGGAAGGUGGCAUGCUACGAAAAGCUGCAGGAACUGUUGAAGAAGCAGUUUAGAUCAUCAGUUAAUCAAACUCAAAUUGGCGUUAUUAACGAUAGCAUGAGUUAUGAGUUGUACAACGCUGUUGUUGAUGAGCAUGAAGAUGUAAAUAAGUUUCUUGAUGUCUUGGAGAAAGUUUGCAGAGAAAAACAACUUGAUUGUUCCACCAUUAUAUAUCAAGCCACUCCUUCGGGUGAUUCGUUGCUUCAUGUUGCAGCUGAAUACGGGAGAACAAGGAUUGCAGAGCUGCUUGUUGAUAAUAAUUUUUUACUGAUUGUGACAAACAAAAGGAAGGACACUGCACUUCAUGUUGCUGCAAGAGCUAAGAGUAUUGAAGCGAUGAAGGUCAUCCUGUCCAAAUUUGACGAUGCUAGCAGUAAGAAUAACUUUAUAAUGUUACCCAAUAAGGUUGGGAAUACAGCUUUGCACGAAGCUAUUAUAAGCAAAGAUCCUGAGGGGUUUGCUUUCAUUUUAAGUGAACAAAGUGAAAGUACUUUGUCGUUCUAUUGGGACACUCACCCAGCAGAUUCACCAAUGUAUGUGGCAGUCCAAAGUGGGAACGCUGAAAUUCUUCGUCGUCUCUUGCAGAUUCCAUUUCCAUCAGACCGGGUCAUAUACAAGAGCCGUGGAAACUCUCCACUUCAUGCCGCCAUAUCAGAACGCAAUAUUGAUGAGAUAGUAGACAAAAAAGAAGAGUUGAUGUUCCUCGGAGAUGAAAAUGAAAGCACACCCCUUCAUUAUGCAGCACUCACUGGUUACGUGGAAGGUGUUCGUAAACUAUUAAACAAAUCCACACUUGUUGCCUUUCAACAAAACGCAAAUGCAAAUCUUCCGAUUCACGUUGCUUGUGGUGAAGGCCGUGUUCGGGUGGUUAAAGAAUUUCUACGCAUACAAGGGCCUUGCACCAGUUUGUGGCUCAAUAAUGAAGGCCGAAACAUUCUUCACAUUGCAGCAAUGAGGGGGAAAAACUCGAUGGUUAAAUACCUAUUGAAGCAUCCAAAGAUUGAUUCUAAAACUGUGAAUGAGAAAGACCUGAAUGGAGACACACCGCUGCAUCUGGCUUCAAGAAAGUUGCAUCUUUGGACUCUACUGCAUCUUUCACGUGACAAGAGAAUAAAAAUGAACCUUGUAAAUGACCAGGGUUUAACAGCUAGAGAUAUUGUCCGAUCGCAGAGAAACUUUCCAAUGACUCGUCGAGAGCUCGGAGCAGAUGUGAUUCUAGGAAUUGCUGGUGGUGCCGCGAGGGCCAUUGAAAAUAAACAAAGGCAAUCACAACCUGUGGCGAAUAAAGAAUGGAAUGUGAAUGAUGGGGCCAACACGCUCAUAAUUGUGGCCGUACUGGUAGCCACAGUGACAUUUGCAGCCGGUUUCACAGUGCCAGGAGGGCUAUACAGUUCGGAUGACUCAGUCCCUAAAGAAAGAGGCAUGGCAGUGUUGACAGAUCAAACCCUGUUCAAAAUAUUUAUGGUUUUCAACACGAUUUCUAUGUAUUGCUCCACUAUCGGUUCUGUGAUUCUUACUUGGAUGCAUCUGGGUGAUCGUCGUUUUUCAUUGCGAGCUUUUUAUAUCUCUAGGGCUUUUGUCAAUUGGGCUCUUAUAACCAUGACAGUGGCAUUCAUGGCUGCCAUACGUUUGGUUGUCAGCAAUAACGACUUGUUUGCAGAUCUUAUAAGUGCCAUUGCAUUCAUCUUCAUUUUCCUUAAUCUAUGUCUUUGGUUUAUAGGACAUUUUCCUUUGGGAUCACGCCUUCCAAUUUUACGUCAAGUUGGAGAACUUAGUCUCUGGAUUGUUCUUAUUUUAUUUUAUGGGACUAAGGAUGAUGUAGUGUAA